CAUUUGUUCUCGUAGGUCUCAUAUCUAUGCUUUACUAUAGACAAUGAAAACAGAUAGUGAAGUUGCUCUUUUUUCUGUGUGAUAUAUUGAAUUUCAUUUUCAACGAUUAUGUGUGAACAGGAGCCAAAUACAAAAACGUGGAUAGAAGAGAAAUUGCUCCCAGAGUUAAAGAACUCUUUGAAUAAAUCUAAUUGUUCAGUGAAGUAUGAAAUUUCUCAGCCAACGGAUUCAUUCUUCAUGGCCAGAGUCAUUUUUCUGAACAUAAAAUUUAUUGACUGCCAAGGAAGAGGUGAAGAUGAGAUAAAUCUGGUUGUUAAACGUCCACCAACAGGAAGGAAAGUUUACACUAUAAUGAACAUUGACGAAGCAUUUCACAACGAGAUUCUCUUUUACACCAAGUACGCAACAUUAUACUCAAAUAUUCCAAGAUUAUUGUAUGCUUCUGAGAAACCACCCUAUGAUUCUGUCAUUGUUAUGGAAAAUAUCAACAAGCAAGGUUAUAGCUUGAAUUUAAACAUCCAUAACUUUCAAUUUGAAUUGGUUUUAGCAGCUGUACGUGAAAUUGCUCAAUUUCAUUCUAACUCAUAUAUUAUGAAGGAACUAUUCCCUAAAGAAUUUUAUGAUACCGUCGAAAAUAUCAAACCUGUAAGGUAUCCACCAACAGAAGAUAACCCUGGAGUUUUAAAAGUCAGAGCCAUAAUUCCAAGGAUAAUAAAGUAUCUACAGAGACAAAACUACGAAGAAGUUUUCUGUAGAAAACUUGAAAAAUUUUUAUACAAUGGAUAUUCAUAUGCUACAGUUGAUUUGUAUAAGCCAAUCGAACCUUUGGCAACAUUGUGUCAUGGAGAUUUUACAAGAAAUAAUGUUUUCUUCAAAGAAACCGUAGACGGUAUUAAAGCAAAGCUGAUAGAUUUUGGAAUGAUAUACUAUGGUUCACCAGGUAAGGAUCUUUCUCUAUUUUUGCACUUGAGUGGUACCAGAAUUCAAAGGACUGAGAAGUUUCCAGAAAUUUUCGAAGCUUAUUAUGGAACUCUUCUACAAGGUUUAAAGCAAAAGGGAAUAUCGAAUCUGGAAAGGUUCUCGAAAGAUGCUUUAUUAGAAGACUACAAAUCUCACGCAUUUUUCGGAUUCUUGAUCGUUUCUAUAUUUCUGCCCGUCAUGCUAGGAUAUUUCGGAAAUGACUCAAAUGUAGUAUUGAAACUACCUUCAGAGAAAAUUUGUGAAAUUUAUAAUGGAAUUGGAGGAGAGGAGUAUACAAAGAUAUUAGUGGAUAUGGUACUUGAUUUACGUGAAGCUGGUUGCUUGGUUCAUAUGAUGGAAAUGUAAACUUUUAUUCUUAAUAAACCUGUGAAAUCAUUUAUAUGCAUGUAUGUAUGUAUGUAUGUACAUUAACAAU